AUGGCUUCAAGUCCUUAUGUCAACGCUCCCACCAAUUUUAACAUGGAAGUUGAUGUAGAUAGCAUAGAUACCAAGACAGAGCGUGGCGUGGGAGAAAAGGGCAACAGGCCAGUCACGCAAUUGUUUGUGCAUGUACUAUCCCGUACCCUCACGCGGCCUGACAAGCUUCCCGCCGAGCCCUUUGCUGAAGGCAGCAAGCGCCUUGUCAAAUACCAGUUGUGGGUACAGCUGUUCACCGAACAGCUGGCAGAUAUGGCACUUCCCUUGUCUUUGAUUACUGUCGUGGCUCUUUUGGGAAUAUCAAACUCAUUGCAGACUGGACUGUAUUGCAAUGAAUUGAUGUAUCUGGCAGGGCAUCAUACUUUGCUAGUCACCAAUCAGACACAGAUGGUUAUGGUGACUUGA